UCCGGCCCUCGACACCACCGGCCCCCUCCGCUGGUGACGCCCCCGCAGAGGCUUCACCGUCGCUGCUGGAUUCUACUUUCACUGGGUUCCGCCCGCACACCGCCAUGCCAUGUCGAGUUAUUCUAGUGACCGAGACCGCGGCCGGGAUCGAGGGUUUGGUGCACCUCGAUUUGGAGGGAGUAGAACAGGAUCCCUCUCUGGAAAGAAGUUUGGAAAUCCUGGGGAGAAACUAGUUAAAAAGAAGUGGAAUCUUGAUGAGCUGCCCAAAUUUGAGAAGAAUUUUUAUCAAGAACACCCUGAUUUGGCAAGGCGCACCGCACAAGAGGUUGAUACAUAUAGAAGAAGCAAGGAAGUUACAGUUAGAGGUCACAACUGUCCAAAACCGGUUCUGAAUUUUUAUGAAGCAAACUUUCCUGCGAAUGUCAUGGAUGUGAUUGCAAGGCAGAACUUCACUGAACCCACUGCUAUUCAAGCUCAGGGCUGGCCAGUUGCUCUCAGUGGAUUGGAUAUGGUUGGAGUAGCUCAGACUGGAUCUGGGAAGACACUAUCUUAUUUGCUGCCUGCCAUUGUACACAUAAACCACCAGCCAUUCCUAGAGAGAGGUGAUGGGCCUAUUUGCUUGGUGCUGGCACCAACUCGAGAACUGGCCCAGCAGGUGCAGCAAGUGGCUGCUGAAUAUUGUAGAGCUUGUCGCUUGAAGUCUACUUGCAUCUAUGGUGGUGCUCCCAAAGGACCUCAGAUUCGUGAUUUGGAAAGAGGUGUGGAAAUCUGUAUUGCAACACCUGGAAGACUGAUUGACUUUUUAGAGUGUGGGAAAACCAAUCUGAAAAGAACAACUUACCUUGUCCUUGAUGAAGCUGAUAGGAUGCUUGAUAUGGGAUUUGAACCCCAGAUAAGGAAAAUUGUGGAUCAAAUAAGACCUGAUAGGCAAACACUAAUGUGGAGUGCAACUUGGCCAAAAGAAGUAAGACAGCUUGCUGAAGAUUUCCUGAAAGACUAUAUUCAUAUCAAUAUUGGUGCGCUGGAACUGAGGGCAAACCAUAACAUUCUUCAGAUUGUGGAUGUAUGCCAUGAUGUUGAAAAGGAUGAAAAGCUUAUUCGUCUGAUGGAAGAAAUCAUGAGUGAGGAGGAGAAUAAAACCAUUGUUUUUGUUGAAACCAAAAGAAGAUGUGAUGAACUUACCAGAAAAAUGAGGAGAGAUGGGUGGCCUGCCAUGGGCAUCCAUGGUGACAAGAGUCAGCAGGAACGUGACUGGGUUCUAAAUGAAUUCAAACAUGGAAACGCUCCUAUUCUGAUUGCCACCGAUGUGGCCUCCAGAGGGCUAGAUGUGGAAGAUGUGAAAUUUGUCAUCAAUUAUGACUACCCUAACUCCUCAGAGGAUUAUAUUCAUCGAAUUGGAAGAACUGCUCGCAGUACCAAAACAGGCACAGCAUACACUUUCUUUACACCUAAUAACAUAAAGCAAGUGAGCGACCUUAUCUCUGUGCUNCGGGAAGCUAAUCAAGCAAUUAAUCCCAAGUUGCUUCAGUUGGUCGAAGACCGAGGUUCAGGUCAUUCCAGGGGUAGAGGAGGCAUGAAGGAUGAUCGUCGUGACAGAUACUCUGCAGGCAAAAGGGGUGGAUUUAAUACCUUUAGAGACAGGGAAAACUAUGACAGAGGCUACUCUAAUCUGCUUAAGAGAGAUUUUGAGGCUAACACUCAGAAUUGUGUAUACAGUGCUGCAAAUUACACCAGUGGGAGCUUUGGAAGUAAUUUUGUAUCUGCUGGCAUACAGACCAGUUUUAGGACUGGUAAUCCAACAGGGACUUACCAGAACGGUUAUGAUAGCACUCAGCAAUAUGGAAGUAAUGUUGCAAAUAUGCACAAUGGUAUGAACCAACAGACAUAUGCAUAUCCUGCUACAGCUGCUGCGACUAUGAUUGGCUAUCCCAUGCCAACAGGGUAUUCUCAAUAAGACUUUAGAAGUAUAUGUAAAUGUCUGUUUUUCAUAAUUGCUCUUUAUAUUGUGUGUUAUCAGACAAGAUAGUUAUUUAAGAAACAUGGGAAAUGCAGAAAUGACUGCAGUGCAGCAGUAAUUAUGGUGCACUUUUUUUGUUAUUUAAGUUGGAUAUUUAUCUACAUUUCUGAAACAAUUUUUAGGUUUUUUUUUUUUGUACCAGAAAAUGCAGGCAGUGUUUUCACAAAAGUAACUGUACAGUGAUUUCAAAUACAAUAAAUGAAGGCAAUGCAUGGCCUUCCAAUAAAAGAUAUUUGAAGACUGAAAAAAAAAAAAA